AUGACCUCCCGCGAAGAAACCGUCCUACCUCCCAUUGAUACCUCCAUCGGCGACGAGAAUGAGUGGCCCGAGUUCGAGCUCACCGAUGCGAAGGUCUUGCGACCAGGGAAGAUGCUAUACGCGAACCUUCUGGAGGCAUCGGAGCAGACCCCAGUUCAAGUCAUUGGCUGUCUAGAGCUCAAGAAGGGUCAAGAACAACUACUUACGGAGUACUCAUCCCAUCAUUCUCUAGUGCUCGAUCCCAAGAAUCUCAACCCUCGCAUCAUACUUGAUAAUGUCACACAUUAUGCCUACGGUCAGAUGGAAGACCGAAGUGUUGAGAUGUGGGCUGCCGGGAAGUCGGGUUGGUACAAGGUCUCACCAGCCAAGCGCUACCUACCGCACUUCAAUCGCAUCGUCCAGGCAGUCGACGCCUUUUAUUUUUUGAUGGACAAACACCAACAUGGCAGGAAACAGCUCAAUCCAACCUUCAAGAGUCUCUGCGAGCAGGUAAAAGCUCUCUCGUCCGACUCUUUGGAAGUGGCCCCCACUAACCAAUCCCGAUCGAUCACAGACGUGUUUAUGGAACAUUCUUCUUUUCUCCUCCGCUGUAUGAUCGAAGAAGAUGACGAUGGCGAUGUGGCAUGGACCAAGACCAACAUCUUCCUGCAUCUCCGCAGACAGUUUAAGGUGCGCAAAACAACACAUUAUACCUGUGCGUUGCUACAUGAGGCGAUUACUGAUUCAUUUCAUCAUAAAAAGCAGGAUGAAUACAAAUCCCUUGUAGAUCUUCAUUCUCCUAAGAAGACAGAUAUGAACAAUCUCUCGGAAGAACCUCAAGCGUCAACUCCGCGCCACGAACCCACUGCCAUUGCGAAAUCACAAGCAAAUGUCGUGUAUCAGCUGAUCAUAGAACUCAAGGACGAGGGUCACCUGGCGAAGCGUCGACUUCACCUUGAUCUUCUGACAGAGCGCCUGUCAGAAAAAUACUCUUUCAACCAAGAGAAUGCUCGCAAGAUCAUCGCGGCGAGAGCAAAUGCUGUGCUAGAGAUGUUGGACGAAAAUGACACGCCUAGCUUCAAAUGGUCACGAUACGUCAUUCAUCGAGAGCUUGUGGAUGCCGCCUCGCAAAACGUUAUUCUGCCACCAGGCCUUCUUACGCCGUUACAAUUGACCGAUGACUCCAGCGACGACGAACAUCUAAUAAGGACCCAAAAGUCCGUUCUCCGUCCGAAGGGGAAUUCUUCCGUCUCUGGGAAAAUCAUGGGCAAACGUAAUCGCAAUGCCAAUGCAUAUCAACAGAACACUCAGUCUGGCAUCGAAUCUGAUGCUGAUGCCGAAAGCGAAGACGAAGAAGAGGAUGAAGUUAUGGAAGACGUCGAGACCCCGAGUAAGGUUCGGGGCCACGAGCUGAUCCGAACACCUCUGGCAUCUGCCAAAAGUCAAGAUCGCUCAUUCCUCGGCAAUCCUCAAUCCGCAGCCGCAUCCCUUCUCAAGAGUGUUCUUUCCGCAGAUGUGCCAAAGACAACAUCUGCACUUGCAUCCAAAGCAACAAACGGAAGGUUGAGCUUUGGCAUUGGCCGUCCCCCGAGCGGUGAAACGAAUGGCCUGGUAGAGCCUGAAACAUGGACAUGCCGUAUCGCCGGAUGUUCUAAGACUAUUACCAGCAAAGGGGAAGAACGCAAGAAAGAGAUUUCCGAUCAUGGUGGGGAGCAUGAUUGGGAUUUCCAGAUGCAAGUUGAAUUGGUCGAAGCAGAGCGACGCCUGCAACCAAAUCACCCUGUCAGCAAUAUGAUGCAGUAUCUGCUCAACCAACACAACCAACAGAUGCGUGCGGCUUUCCCAGAAAUCUACCCACAAGAGGCAGUGGUGAAUGGAACGGCCGACCAACCUGACACAACCUCUAUCGAUGAGGAGGAUAUCCCAGAGCCAGAGCCAAACCACGACCUGUCUGCUGAGUUAGACCUGAGUGUAAAUGGACAUACAACUUGA